CAAAACAUGGUUAAAAAUAGAUAUUGGAGAUAGACGUUUGGUCUUCAAGGUGUGACUCGAGACACGUGUACAGGUGUACAGGUGAUUUGUAAAUUAUAGAAACAAAAGAGCAAUAUUAAAGGAGGAAUAAAUAAAUAAGAAGAAUCAACACAUGAAAGAAAAAAAUAUUGGUGAAUAGGAGCAUAAAUCACGAGAAUAUAUUUACCUUGGACAGGUUUCCGUACAUUGCUUGACAAGCCUUAGAUAAGACAAGACAGUAUGUGCUACACGACAUCUCUUCAGGAGAGAUGUCCAUCCAUUUACAGCUGUUUACAAGAUCAUUAGCCACCCAUGUUUCACAGAGAACCAAAUCGGGAUAGCAGUUUACCUGGUAAAAAGAUGGUUCACAAACCUGUUCUUGAUGGUAGAUUUCGAGAUCGGCAAGCCAACCAUAUUGAAAAUCGGCAGCGUCUUCAUUCUGAUAAUGAAGUGCCUCAAAUGGAAACUUCUCAAAACUUUCUUCUACCGCUCACUAAACGUGACUUUUACACGAGAAAAGACACAGCCCGAAAGAACCUGCUAGGAUACUUGUAUACCCGACAACCUGUUCUUCACCGCAGCUAUUCCUUCGUUGCUGGGGAGAAACCAAUCAACGAACCAGGUCUUCCUAAAAUCGCAUCUUUUUCCCGAGAAAAGUCGAAUCUUGACCUUAGCAAAUCAAGGAAUCGAAGCUAUGAAAUGACCCAUCAUGAACUGGGCCUUGGUCAACCAUCGAAAAUUGGAAAAGUAAGAGAAUUUUUAAAAUCCGGAAGUUCUAGGUCAAUCUGUAGUGUAAAAAAAGAAAACAGGAGCCCUCAAAGAUCCCGGACUAAUAGCAACAAAAUGACAUUGCCGGAAAUUAUUGAGGAUCUGAAUAACAACGAAAAAUAUGUUAAUGACACUUACUCAGAAGAGGAAUCGUUCGACAGACCACGUGGUAGUGAUCAAGUGAUAACUUUUGUGCCAUCUAGACUCAUAGGGAACGAACCUAAAGUCUAUCCCUCCAGACAUAGACCGAUUACGCCAAAUUUAUUGAAAAAACUAGAUAAAUUGAAGAUUCCUAAUCGAAUACGGACCCAGGAUUGGGUUAAGAUGUUACCAUCAGAUACCAGAGCAUAUAUCGGAGAAUCUCGAAUUAAUGCACAGUAUGUUCCAGAGGAUGUAGACGAUUAACUAGCUAUGGCGGUCAUAAUGCACUGUCUUUUAUCAAAGCAACAAUUUCUUAUGUUGAGAUUUUCUUGAGAAGAGAAAAUGUUGAUAAAUUAAAA